AUGAGAGCUCCAUUGCACGCCAUAGCGCCCUCCCAGAGCGCCCUCCGUUAUUUACGUCAAAUCCUGUUCCCCAGGCCCUACGACUACCGCCCCACCAUGGCGGCCAAUUGUGCUCGAAUCCAUCAUCAUCACCCCUGGGGAGGAAGGGGGCUCUUCAGACCGCAACGAGGCUUUCACGGUGGGGCAUUGGGGGCCGUGGGAGAAGUGAGAGGACCAGAGAAUACCGAUCCGGCAUCGGCCCCGAACCAGACAAAAUGGUGGAGAGCGAGGUGGAAGAAGACGAGGUGGAAGAAGACGAGGAUCAAGUUUAGGAGAAAGAAAAAAAUGUACAGUCCUACGGCAUGGGCAUUCGACAGCUCUCGGCUCAUCAACCAGAAGCGAUUGAACGAGGCUGUGGACAAAUGGAUUGAUGCGAAGGAGAAUUACGCGGAUGAGAAAGACGUACAACAACUGGGGAUAACGUUGAUGAAGGCCUUCAAUCGGAACCGACGAUCACGAGGGACACCCCAUAUAUUCAAUCUAAUGGCUGCCACGGACCCGAAAUCGAUCAAUACCACUUGUCUGAACCUCUGCAUGGAGGCGUACCUGUUAAAUAAUCGACCGAGCAAGUUAAUUGAGAAACUUUAUUGCCAUGGGGCAAUUGAGCGAAGCGGAGAAUUUAUUGAAGGUUGUCAUGGAGUCGCGUGGGCCUGUUACGCGCCAUUCGUUUCAGCUACUGAUGCACGGGGUGAGGGCAAUCACCGAGAGUUUGCCGGAGAUGACGAGGGUAUUUGA